CCGAGUCAGAUGCAGUUCCCCUCUGGAUAUGGCUCACAUCCUCCAAACUAUAGUGCACCCUCAGGACACUAUUCCCAAGUGCCCAGCAAACCUGCUGCUUCACAUUUGGAUGACCAGUAUAGAGCCAAUUACUACGCUGCUUACUAUUCAGCACCAGCACAAAAUGCGAUGACACCUUCUGUGGGUACCAGUGUGUUGAAUACACGGGAAUCACAGCAGUUGUACAAUAAAACUCCUCCCCAUACAGUGGGGUCAGUUGAAGGACCUAUUCAAGGAGCAAUAUCAUCUGCAUCCUAUGUGCAUACAAGUGCUCAGCAGUUCUAUUCAUCAUUUGGUAAUCACUACAGCACUUCUGUGAGCUCUUCAGUUGCAUCUCAGGGAUUUCCCUUUAAUUCUGAUCAAUACCCCAUGCCUGUGGUUUCUAGUGCCAUGUAUCCUAAUGUUUCCUAUCCUGCAGCUGCUGGCAGUGUGUACGGGCAGGCAUUUACCUCUCAGAGCCUACCUGCUGUUGGACAGUUCAAAGAGACAAAUGCAUUUUCUAGCCAGAGUACAUCAGUACCUCAUUCUCUUCAACAGCAUGGUCCUGUGGGAUAUAAUUCAACAUUAUCAUCUACUUCUUCUGCUCAGCCUGUUCAGGUUUCUAAAGUAAACAACCAAAUAAAUACAGGUGGCAUUGAUUCCUCACAGCCUGCACACUCUGUGAGCCAGAGCAUUCCGUUUACCAAGUCUGGCACUGGAACAUUAUCUUCCUCUGCUGUGAACUCAUCAGUAAAGACACCUGCUCCAAGCCUUUCUUCACAGCCACGAUCUUCACCCACUGUUACACAGUCACCAGAAUCAGCCCUUCAGGAAGGCAUGCAGUAUGGUGGAUAUGUUAAUAAUCAAGCUAGCUCUGCACCAGCUCCCUUGUCAUCAAGUUCAGAUGAUGAGGAAGAGGAUGAGGAGGAUGAGGAAGCAGCAAUUGAUAGUUCCUCAACUACAAGUAGUGCCUCUCCUGUUCUGAACAAUUAUGAUGCUCUGGAAGGAGGUGGCUAUCCAGAGACACACUCUAUGACCAGUAGCCCAGUUCCUCCUCCAUCAGUCCCCCAAACAUCAAAAGCUUCUAAGCCCUUUGGUUAUGGAUAUCCAACACUGCAACCUGGCUAUCAAAAUGCAGCACCACCUACCCCUGUUCAGCCCAGUAAUCCAGGACACCAUCCUGGUUUUCAGCACUAUCCACAGCAAUAUCCAAGUGUGAACCAGCUGUCCUCUUCCUUAGGAGGGUUAAGUCUACAACAUUCUCAGCAUCCAGAAAGCUUGAGACCAGUAAACCUUACACAAGAUAGAAAUAUUUUGCCUGUAUCUUCAGUUCCAGCACCUGUGCCUAACUUGAAUUCUGAUCUUAGGAAAUUAAAUUGCAGUCCAGACUCAUUUCGCUGCACAUUGACAAAUAUUCCACAGACACAGGCUUUGUUAAACAAAGCUAAGCUUCCAUUGGGUUUGUUGCUACAUCCCUUCAGAGACCUAACGCAAUUACCAGUAAUAACAUCAAGCACAAUAGUGAGAUGCAGAUCCUGCAGGACGUAUAUCAACCCUUUUGUUUCUUUCAUUGAUCAAAGGAGGUGGAAAUGCAACCUGUGCUAUAGAGUUAAUGAUGUUCCUGAAGAAUUUAUGUAUAAUCCUCUGACUCGAUCUUACGGAGAGCCUCACAAGCGGCCAGAGGUCCAAAAUUCUACAGUGGAAUUCAUUGCUUCCUCAGACUAUAUGCUUCGUCCUCCUCAGCCUGCGGUAUAUUUAUUUGUUUUAGAUGUGUCUCAUAAUGCAGUGGAGGCUGGAUAUUUGACAAUAGUCUGCCAGUCAUUGCUGGAAAACCUAGACAAGCUGCCUGGAGACUCAAGGACAAGAAUAGGGUUCAUAACAUUUGACAGCACUGUUCAGUUUUACAACUUGCAAGAAGGUUUAUCUCAGCCUCAGAUGCUGAUUGUCUCAGAUAUUGAUGAUAUUUUCUUACCUACACCAGAUAGUUUACUUGUAAAUCUUCAUGAAAGCAAAGAGCUGAUAAAAGAUCUGUUGAACACGUUACCAGAUAUGUUCACCAAUACAAGAGAAACACACAGUGCAUUGGGCCCUGCUCUUCAAGCUGCAUUUAAACUGAUGUCUCCAACAGGUGGUCGGAUAUCUGUGUUUCAAACUCAGUUACCCUCUCUGGGAGCAGGGCUUUUGCAUUCCAGAGAAGAUCCCAAUCAAAGGUCAAGCACAAAGGUGGUCCAACAUCUUGGUCCAGCAACAGAUUUUUAUAAGAAGUUGGCACUGGACUGCUCAGGCCAGCAGACUGCUGUGGAUUUAUUUCUGUUAAGUUCACAGUAUUCUGAUCUAGCUUCACUUGCUUGCAUAUCCAAGUAUUCUGCUGGAUGCAUCUAUUACUAUCCAUCUUUCCAUCGUACCCAUAAUCCUGCUCAAGCUGAAAAGCUGCAAAAAGACCUUAAAAGAUACCUUACAAGAAAGAUUGGAUUUGAAGCGGUUAUGCGCAUAAGAUGUACAAAAGGUCUUUCAAUACACACUUUUCAUGGGAACUUUUUUGUACGAUCUACUGAUUUAUUGUCCCUUGCCAAUGUCAAUCCUGAUGCUGGAUUUGCAGUACAAAUGUCCAUUGAGGAAAGUCUGACUGACACAUCUUUGGUUUGUUUUCAAACAGCUCUUUUGUAUACUUCCAGCAAAGGUGAACGUCGAAUUCGAGUGCACACACUUUGCUUGCCUGUAGUAAGUUCACUGACUGAUGUAUAUGCAGGAGCAGAUGUACAAGCCAUUGUAUGCCUCUUAGCAAACAUGGCUGUGGAUCGCUCAGUUUCAUCUAGUCUUGCGGAUGCAAGAGAUGCCUUAGUCAAUGCCGUGGUAGACUCCUUGGCAGCAUACAUGUCAACUGCCUCAAAUCUCCAGCAGUCCAUGCUCAUAGCACCAAAUUCCCUCAAGCUGUUUCCGCUGUAUAUUUUGGCCCUUCUCAAACAGAAAGCAUUUAGAACAGGCACAAGUACACGCUUGGAUGACCGCGUAUAUGCGAUGUGCCAGAUGAAGAGCCAGCCACUUGUUCAUUUGAUGAAAAUGAUACAUCCCAACUUGUACAGAAUAGACAAGUUGAUUGAUGAGAGUACAAUACAUGUAAAUGACAGAGUUGUUCCUCAGCCACCUCUUCAGAAGUUAUCUGCAGAGAAGUUGACAAGAGAAGGAGCUUUUCUUAUGGAUUGUGGUUCAAUUUUUUAUAUUUGGAUUGGAAAAAACUGUGAUAACAACUUCAUAAAAGAUGUCCUUGGAUACCCAAACUAUGCUUCAGUACCACAGAAAAUGACACAGCUUCCUGAGGUAGAUGCACUUUCUUCAGAAAGGACACGAUCUUUUAUAUCUUGGCUUAGAGACAGCAGACCUUUAAGUCCGGUGCUUCAAGUGAUAAAAGAUGAGAAUCCUGCCAAAACAGAUUUUUUUCAGCAUUUAAUUGAGGAUCGGACAGAAGCAGCUUUCUCAUAUUAUGAAUUCUUACUUAAUAUUCAACAGCAGAUUUGUAAAUGAACAAGAAAUAGAAGAAAAAUCCCGACUUCAGCAAGAAGCACGGGCCAAGAGAAGCAUAUGGGAGGUUACAAAAGUGGAUACUUGUUCUUCACAAUAUACAGUGACCAGCACUGUUUUUCAGAAGCUUUACAGCUAAAGAAGUAUACAUUUCUGAAAGAAUUUUGCAGAUUUACUUCAGUCUAAAAGUCCUAGGAGUGAUGAAGCUGUUUCACUAGUAAACUUGAAUUGGUUUAUACACGUUUCCAGUUGUGCAGCAGUAUGGUGCUCUGUUUAUUGCAAGCUGGUGAAUUUAUGUAGCUAUGUGGGAUGAUAUUCUUAAAAAAAAUGUACAAUUAGGUAAAGCCUUUUUUUCUUACAUUUAUUAUAGUAGCCCUUCCAGAUCUAAAUUCUUAAGAGAUGUCAAAGGGCAGUGCUGUAUGUUGGUUGUUUAUAUGAAUUUCUUUUUAAAAGGAAUUAUUCAUAUUUACUAAAGACUUCAGCAAAUUCCCGGUGAAAGUUGUAGAGUUUCAGUAAAGUACAUCAAUUGUAGAAAUGAAAUAUAUAAUGUACAUAAGUAUUAUGUUUGUAAAGAAAAUGUAAAAAAUGUAACUAAAAAAAGAUUUAGCUCAGUGUGCAGAAUUGUCAAGUGCUCAAUGAUUAAUUGUUUUGUCCCAGGCUAGACGAUGGAGCUGACAAUUAAAACAUUUAAAACAUGCUUUAAAAAAAAAAGUAUCCAUGUAGAAAGAACACAGUGGUGUCUUCUGUUAAUUUUAGCUGAAUUUAUUUAUGAUUGGCUUACUAAUUAAAACUAUUUUGCUUU